UCCUCCGCCAACCUCCUAAAAUUUCUCAAUUUGGUCAGUAAUCAGAAAAGUAAACCAAAAAAAUAAAGAAAAUCACACAUCUCAAUUCUGAUUUCAUACACCUUUAAUUUAUAAUUUUCUCGUCAAAGUUGUAUAUAAUCCCAAUACCUUUUCUUCUAAAUUGUACACCUUCUAGAAAGGUGUUACAUACGUGAUACAUUUUGUUGAAUUGACUACUACUUUAUAAAGCCAGUCAUGAUCAACUCCUAUGUGCAUUAAGAUUCCUUGGCUUUUUUCAGUUUCUUUCUACCUAGAGGUUUGUUAAUGGGGAAUCAGGUGAAAUUUCCAGGUAUUAGUGAGGAAUUGCAGAAGAUAUUAGAUGCAGAUAUGGACAACGUGGAGGCCAGGCGUUGUGCUAGAGAGGCAUUUAAAGAUAUUCAGCUUUCAAUUGAUCAUAUCUUAUUUAAGGUGCCACAUGCUGGAUUGAAGAUGACGGAGUCUUAUGAGGUUAAUUCUCGAGGGCUUGAAAUCUUCUCCAAAAGUUGGCUUCCGGAGACACGUCCAAAAGCUAUUGUCUAUUUUUGUCAUGGUUAUGGGGAUUCAUGCACUUUUUUUGCUGAAGGCAUUGCAAGGAAAUUAGCAUCUUUAGGUUAUGGAGUUGUUGCAAUGGAUUACCCCGGGUUUGGGCUUUCAGAAGGUCUUCAUGGCUACAUACCAAGUUUUGACAAGCUGGUUGAUGACGUCAUUGAGCAUUACUCAAAAGUUAAAGAAAAGCCAGAGUUCCGUAAUCUCCCAAGCUUCCUAUUUGGGGAAUCCAUGGGUGGAGCAAUAGCUUUGAAGGUGCACCGGAAGCAACCUAAUGCUUGGAACGGUGCUAUUCUUGUUGCACCUAUGUGCAAACUUGCAGAUAACGUGGUUCCAUCAUGGUUAGUAACACAAAUUUUAAUUGGUGUUGCAAAGUUGCUUCCAACACAGAAGCUAGUUCCAACACAGGAUUUAGGAGAGUUGGCAGUCAGAGAUGCAAAGAAGAGGGAACUGACCGCCUAUAAUGUCCUCUGUUACAAACAUAAACCCCGUUUACAAACCGCCCUGGAGUUGCUGAAUGCCACAAAAGAGAUAGAGGGACUACUAGAAAAGGUAUCUAUGCCAUUGUUAAUCUUGCACGGAAAGAGUGAUGUAGUAACUGAUCCAUCGGUUAGCAAAGCGCUGUAUGAGAGGUCAAGUAGUUCGGACAAAAAGCUGUUUCUUUACGAAGAUGCUUGUCAUGCCUUGCUCGAGGGUGAGUCGGAUGAAAUGAUACUUCGAGUUUUUGGUGACAUUAUUUCAUGGCUGGACCAACAUACCAGCCCCUAGCCAUUUCUGCAGUGAUCCUGUUUUUCUGUUGGUUUUUUUCUCUGUUUAAGUGGGGUAAAAAGGGGAAGAGCUGAAAGCAAUUAAGCUAAUUUAUUUUGUAAGAUUUCCAUGGUAGAAACACCCUCUUUACAUUAUUGAAAGACUAAGGGAUAUGACCCUCCUUAUUCCUCUAUAGCUUUACUAAUUAAGGACUUUUAUUGAGUUGUACGUGAAAGAAAAAAACAAUUUUUUAACUAUUGAGAGGACAGAAUCAGCUUUCUUUAA